AUGGAGGAUUGCGAGGACAACCUAACGAUAGCAAUGGGUUGGAUUGAGGAGAGAGAUCUCUGGUGUAACGACAGUCUCUAUCUCAUCAACGACAGCCUUAGAGUGCCAGAGUUCUACUCGCAUCGUUACCGUAUCGUUGGAACUAUCUUCCAGGGGAUCGUGUUCCUGGUGGGCAUCUUGGGUAACCUGAUGGUGGUGGUUGUGGUGAAGCGGACCCGAAGCAUGCACUCACCCACCAACUGCUACCUGGUAUCCCUCGCCAUGGCAGACAUGGUUGUCCUGAUCGCUUCAGUUCCUAAUGAGAUCCUCAGCUACUACCUGGUUGGCAACCACUGGUUGUGGGGGGAUCUCGGUUGUUCGCUCUUCGUCUUCUUCCAGAACCUCGGAAUUAACUCAUCCUCACUCAGCCUCAUCGCUUUCACUUUCGAAAGGUAUAUGGCAAUCUGCCACCCUAUGAAGGCUCACAAAGUCUGUACACAGCGACGAGCCAAGAAGAUUAUCUUCUCUGUGUGGGUUUUAGCAGUGCUCUACUGUUCUCCCUGGCUUUUCCUCACGACAACCAAGCCCCUCAAUUACCGCGGUUUCCCUCAAGCGCGGUUCUGUGACUUCAAACGGCCCAGAGACGAGUAUCUCCCCUACUACUUCACCGACCUGGUUGUUUUCUAUCUGGUGCCGUUGUUCGUCUCUUGUGUUCUCUACGGCCUCAUUGCCCGAACCCUGCUCAACCGGAGGGUGAUCCGCGCAGCUGGGAAAGCCUCUUCCACAGUUGUCCUUACCGAGGCUGCUUCUUCCUCUAGGAGUCAGGUAGUCAAGAUGCUUGCAAUGGUAGUAGCAGUAUUUGCAACACUAUGGCUGCCUUACAGGGGUCUCUUGGUGUAUAACUCCUUUGCAAUUCUCUUCUCGAAGCCUAAGUAUAUGGAUCUGUGGUUCUUGAUGUUCGCCAAAACUUGUGUAUUUAUAAACAGUGCCAUCAACCCUAUACUUUACAACGCAAUGUCCACAAAAUUUCGAAGAGCAUUCCAGAAGCUGCUACUGUGCGGGGAGCCAGUGCAGAGCAUGAACAUAUCCAACCUGCAGGAACUGUCUCGGGGAGUGUCUACCAGGGAGAGUGUCCUGCAGCAGAAGCGCAGGAAAGCGGAGAGUUUUAGUACCACGACAUCUCUAUGACAGGAAGGCAACCCGGAUAAAGUGGAGAGGAUAUGACAACUGGGAAACCGGUGGUAAGCUACGACAUAGACAAGGACGGGAACAG